UGACAAUUAUAAAUGAAUGAAAAUAUGUUGUGUCUUUUACAAAAACAAAAUCUAAUUGUCUCCUUUAAAAAUUUGAUGAAUUUAAAAUUUGUCUUUGGUAGGUCGAAAUCGAUCGUGAUGCAUGUGAAUUUAUCUCAUUACAUGAAUGAAUACGGUAAGGUGUAAAGGUUUUUUAUUACAAUUACAUCAGACAUAUUAAAUAUAGGCUGUUAGAUUUAAGUUGUGCCAUUUUAGCCCAAACAUCCUUUACGAAAAUAAGAAAGCAUGUAUUAAUAAAACGAAAGACAACAUUAUUUUUGAUGCACUAAAUUGGUUCGACAUACUUUCAGGAAUCACACGUGACGUAUGGGACAGGGGCGUGGCUUCUAACGUUACACUUGAAUGUGGGCGUGGCUUCUGAUGUCACAUGUGGGCGGGGCUGGAUGCCCUACUUUAUCGAGCGGCCAAUGAGGCGUCUAGGUGUCUCUCUAAUGCUCUGGUUUUGAUUUGGUUUUCAUAGCUUUGCAGAUGUGAAUGUUUAGUGAUUAAGUCAAAAAUGGCCGAAGCAAGUGACAACUCUGUGAUCAAUUUCUUCAAAAACAUAUUAAGCAUCCAGGAAAAACAUCUGCAGCAGUCAGAUGGUAAUUCUGAAGAAAGCUCAUCAGCAGGAAGAGAUUUUGAUUUACCCGAUGAAGGAAAGUUCCUCGGAGAGAAAACGUUUAGCACUCCUAAUUAACAACGUUGAGUUUAAAUCUGGAGAUAAUGCAGAAAAGGAUGAGUUGAGUAUGGAGCGACUGCUGAAGGGUCUCGGUUGCACCGCGCUGACACUGAGAGACCUCACAGCACAGGGAAUGAGUGCUGCCCAGCGAGAGGAGCUCUUCCAAUCAGACAGCUUCAUGGUGCUCAUGUCACACGGAAACCCCGCUGACAGGAUCAUCUUCUCCACAGAUGAAAUUUAUAAUUGCUUGAACACUGCAAACUGUCCUGGACCGGGAGACAAACCCAAAAUCAUCCUCAUCCAGUCGUGUCGGGGCGAUAAAGACGGAUGUGUGGAUGUUCAGGACAGCAUGCCAAAGAAAGAGCACCUUGAGAAAGACUUCUGCUGAGGUCCUCCACUCCCGGAAUCCUCAGAUAGGCUCAGUCUUCAUCCAAGAUCUUGUGGAAGUAUUUAAUAAGCAUGCUCAUGAGGAUCACGUCGAGGAGCUUUUCAGAAAGGCAAAGUCACUAUGAGCUACUUGGUUUAUCAUGGUCUUAGUAUUUCACUGUAUGUCACUAACCGUAGCUCAGAUCUUAAGUCCAGUACAAGGACAAGUGUAUAAUAAUGGAAUAACACUUUCCUGUUAGCAUGUGUUGAUUUAAUUUUUUUUUUUUUAGCAGGUCCUUGGGCUUUUUAAGGAGAAUCAUCCACAUCCAAUGCCAUGCACAGACAGAGUAACGCUAUCUAAGAAGUUCUACCUCUUCCCUGGGCUGUGAAAUAUAAAGCUAUGUGAUUACAAUUAUGUCUUGUUUACAAAA